UGUGAAUUGAUUUGAACAUAAUUUUUGUCUAUUGUAUUUUCAUGCUUUUCAUUUUGUUUUGUUUUUUUGAUAUGUCUGAAAUAAUAACAUUAAAUCAAUCAAACCAUUCAUUAGCAUUUGAUUCAUUACUUACAUAUAUUACAUUCAAAUGGGAAUUGUUAAUAAGGGCUACCAUACAAAUAUUUCAGUAUUAGCAUUUGUUUUUUUGGGGCGGUGUCACGUUAAAAUUGUACCGGGGGCGAAAAUUGUACCGGCCUACGUCUUCACAACAGAUUACGUAAGGGGUUGUCCGUUGCCAGGCAGGUUUCAAUUGCGCUCAUGUUGCCGAAGACGAAAUAAUAUAAUACAGAUAACGGAUCGCGCUAGAUAACACUUGUUUUUACUUUAUAUUUGUAUUGCAUUUAAUUGUUUAAUCAAAUUUAGCUAGUUUACUGAGUGUUUAAUGUGUUCAUAGUCUAGCUAGCUUGUGUUAAUUUAAUUUCCUUAAUUAAAUUUAGAGAAUAGAUUAUAGGUAAUAGAUAGAUAAUAGAUAGGUAGAUAGGUGAGCAGGCAUUAACUGUUUAUUAUUAUUAUUCACGUUAUCCCCAUAACAUUUAGCUAUUACUGUGUAGGGAAAUAGAUAAAUACAAUGCAAUACAAUACAAAUAUAAAGUUAGGAACGCUAAUAAAUGUAAUUUGUAAAAUAAGUGUUAUCUGUCUUGUCGCGCUCAAUGAACGAGUUCGCGAAUGUUCAAGAACCUUCCACGUCAUUCGACGCAAUCCCCCGUUGCGAUCGUCUGUUGCCAGGCAGGUUUGGAAUGGAUUACUAUGGAUGGCGUAGGCCGGUACAAUUUUCGCCCCCGGUACAAUUUUUAACGUGACAGCCCCAAAUCCUAUGGCCCCAAAAUCAGUGUAUCUUCCGUUCAAUCCACAUCCGUUUGGAAAUCAAAACACGAACAACGAAAAGUGACUUUUUAAAAAAUCAUCCUCGUUGGGAUAGCUUGACCAGAAAUUCAUCACAUGUAUUGCUCUUUUAAAACAUGUAUACCGGUGUAAUAGUCUCUGUAUGAGCUUUUACCAAUAAUAAAGUCGAGAGAACAGUUUGGGAAAGCUGAGCGGUAGGGCAACCGCCUCCCCUCUUUGAAAUGAAGGGACAAGGGAGGCGACCAGCUGCUGCGCGGUGGAGGCGCGGAAACUCGCAAUAAUAUCAUAUUCCAACCUAAAUGGUUGUGCCGAUUGCCAAACAACUGAUGGGCCCAUGAGUUAACAAUAAUUAAUAACAUUAGCACACUUACCAGAUGUGGAGAUCUGUGGACUGUGUGUAGUAGACCAUCUUCAUUUUGUGUCUGCAGUUUUUGCAUUUCACUUUUCUUUGCAGCAACCUUUUCUUUUGCAACCAUGUUAUCAACUUGAAUGAUGUUUUUUUUGACUCCUUGACAUUCACUUUUCUCAAAAGUGUUCCCACAAUCGAAGCCAUAGCACCGGUGGUCAGAGGAAAUAACUGAUGUUACUGGCCCUGAUUUGAAAAUCUGGCGCACUUUUCUGUUAUUAGUUCAAUAUGUGGAGGUACGCUUGAUUUUUACAUCGAUACACCUCCCACCGCAAAGGUUGGGCUGAUUCCCUGGUUGAUGCCUGACUCAAUCAUAAUAAUCAAGCGCUUCUACCGUCCGAUUGGCUAAGCCGCACCGCCAACUCGGUGCCGUUGAAACUUGAAAGAAGCUAUUAGUCCGCGCAAAAUAAAUUGGAUCUUGUCGCUAUGGUAAGUAUCAACCCUCUCUCAACAGUUAUUGUUUUAUUUCGAAAGCAGUCGCCAUUACUUGUAUGUGUGAACCACUUAUGUUAGGCCUAUCUCUUGUUUCAGUACCAGCAUAUGAUUUUUCACCAGUUAAGAUCUGCCACGCCUGGAAAUAUGAAUCUGCCUAUGGUGGAAAGGCCUGAGCGCUCUACCCGGGCAAAAGGACAGCGGGGGACUGAAGGAGAAAGCUCCGAUAUGCCUACUGCUGGCAAAGUCCAAUGGAAGAAGCGGUCAGAAGAGCUGCAGACCCGGAUAGAGUUGCUGGAGGAGGAGAAUGCUUUACUGAAGCAACAGCUUGAGCAAAGGCCUUCAGCAGAGCAAGGUGACACAGUGGACAACACUAACACCGAACCAGAGUCAAACACUGACGCAAGUAGCAGCUCCAGCACAGACUCAGAUUCCAGCAGCAGCAGCUCUUCCUCCUCUGAUGGCCGAAAGAAAAAAGAGGAAGCACAAGAAAAAAGCAAAAAAAAGGAGCAAAAAGUCGAAGAAGUCGAAGAAGUCAAAGGCCAAAGGAUAUCGUGUGACAACCAUAUCGGAUGUGGUGAAGCGGUACCGCCAGGUCCUUCGAAUAAUUGAAAGGGGACACACAAUGUCAAGGGCAUUCGUAAAGGCAGGCGUCUCAAGAAAUGCUGUGAAGGACACCGCCGCAAUCGCGGAACUGUACAUAGCUGACAGAAGUGUCCUGGAGGAGAUAAAGGGAAAAAAGACGCUCCUCCAUUUAGCAAAGGUCUGCGACUCAAAAAUAGUUGGAGACCUUUCUUUGAAGAUUGAAGAACUUAAAAAGAAAAAAAAACUGAUACCAUUCACCAAAAGAGGCUGAGGCUGAAAUGGACAGAGGAGAAAGGGGAGUGUUUUCAUUUAUUAAAAAAAUAAAUAAUGUUUUUGUUUUAUUUGUUCAAACGGUUUAUAGUAUUCUUGUUUCUUUUGACUCUUAGUUUAUUUAAAAAAAAAAAAAAUGUUUUUGUUUUAUUUGUU